GACAGAGGAAGUCUCGACCACAGAACUAAACGGUUUUGCUCCGAGGCUGCCACGAUGUGACUGCAGACGCCCACAAUAAAACCUGAAACUAUGAAAAUGAAAGUUUUUAUUAAAAAGGUUUUUUUAUAAAAAAAACAGUUAAACAAUUAACGACACACUGGCCAUCGAUGCAGUGAUGAAGAGGAGAGCUGGACCGAUGCUGAUCAUUCUUUCUCUGCUAAUGGACGCAGCCUUAGCAAACUCACAGUUGAUUUGUUCACAUCAACCAAUCACAGCCCUGGCUGGUGAUGAUGUCAUUCUACCAUGUCACCUUGAACCUCCCAUCAGUGUUUAUGAUGAGACAGUGGAGUGGACCAGACCUGGUUUAGACCCAAAGUACAUCCAUGUUCACCAGGAUGGACGAUUUAUGUUUGAAAAUCAAAAUCCAUCUUAUAAUUUCCGGACAAGAGUGUUUGUGGAUGAACUGAUGACAGGAAACGUCUCCAUGAAAAUCUUCAAAGUGAAAGUUUCUGAUACAGGAAGAUACCAAUGUGCCCUUCCCUCAUUACAGAAGGAAGCUUCCAUCCAGCUCAUUGUUGGACAGUCUGAUGUGAUUGGCUCAGACAAACCAGUUACAGUAACAGUCGGUGAUAACGCCAUCCUGCCAUGUUACCUGGAGCCGCCAUUUGAUGUGAGGACUCUAACAGUGGAGUGGACACGUGAUGGAAGAUUUGUGCUCGUCAGUCGACAUGGGGAGGACUAUCUGGAUCUUCAAGAUGAGAACUUCAGAGGUAGAACAUCUCUCUUCCAUGAAGAAAGGAUCAGAGGAAACAUUUCACUAAAACUGACCAACGUAACUGAACUGGAUGCUGGAAGUUACACCUGCUUUGUUCCCAGACUGCAAAGUCAGGUCAGGAGAGGCUUCAUUAACCUCACUGUUGAGCCAGUGGGAGGUCAGACUGGUGAUAUCAAUGGUGAGACUGAUUUGAGCCCCGGUGCUAUAAUUGGCAUUGCUCUUGGUGUCAUUGCUGUCAUUGUUGCAGUUGCUGUAUUGAUGAAAUGUAGAAAGAUCAGAGGACAAGGGGCCAAUGCUGGAGCCAAUGCUGGGGCCAAUGCUGGGGCCAGUGUUGGGGCCAAUGUUGGAGCCAAUGCUGGGGUCAAUGUUGGGGCCAGUGACGGGGCCAAUGUUGGGGCCAAUAUGGGGGCCAGUGAUGGGGCCAAUGCUGGGGCCAAUGUUGGGCCCAGUGAUGGGGCCAAAGUUGGGGCCAAUAUGGGGGCCAGUGAUGGGGCAAGUGAUGAGCACAAUGAUGGGGCCAGUGCUGGGGCCAAUGUUGGGGCCAAUGUUGGGGCCAGUGCUGGGGCCAGUGAUGAGCACAAUGAUGGGGCCAGUGCUGGGGCCAAUGCUGGGGCCAGUGCUGGGGCCAGUGAUGAGCACAAUGAUGGGGCCAGUGCUGGGGCCAGUGCUGGGGCCAAUGCUGGGACUAAUGCCGGGGCAAAUGAUGGGGCCAAUGUUGAGGCCAAUGAUGGGGCCAAUGAUGGGGCCAUUGAUGAGCACAAUGAUGGGGCCAAUGCUGGGGCCAGUGCUGGGGCCAGUGAUGAGCACAAUGAUGGGGCCAGUGCUGGGGCCAGUGCUGGGGCCAAUGCUGGGACUAAUGCCGGGGCAAAUGAUGGGGCCAAUGUUGAGGCCAAUGAUGGGGCCAAUGAUGGGGCCAUUGAUGAGCACAAUGAUGGGGCCAAUGUUGGGGCCAGUGAUGAGGACUAUGAUGAAGGAAUACCUUUGCUCAACAUGAAUACCACGACGGACUGUGCAAGACCAAACACGACAGGACGCAACGGGCAGAACAGGGAAGGUAGUGAAAAGGACAAUGAUGAAGACAAUGCAGAGGACAAUGCUGAAGACAAUGCGGAGGACAAUGUAGAGGACAAUCCUGAAGACAAUCCUGAAGACAGUGCAGAGGACAAUGCAGAGGACAGUGAUGAGGACAGAUGAUGAUGGGGGUAAUGGUGAAAAUAUAGGUAUGCUCAACUUAAGAAAUGUCAGCUAGUAAGAAAGAAAAGCUUUUGUUCCAUCCACAUUUCAUCAGGUGUUUUAUGAGCUGUAAUAAUAAUACUAAUAUUAUUAUUAUUAUCAAUAAUGAUAAUGAUAAUGGUGGUGAUAAUAAUAGUAAUACUUGUAUUUUUGUUAUUGUUGUUAUUGUUUUGUGCGGUUUUAUUUUGGUGUUUUUGCGUCACAUUAUCUUGUUUUACUGCCCUUGAAGAACUCUAGAAUCCGUUUACUGUAAAUAAAAUGUGUUUAUUAUAGAACCUUGUCAUUUGGUCCAAUAUUCACAACCAACAUUACAAUUUGAUUGAAUCAGUAUUAAGUAAUUGUGUGUGUUUUUUGUGUGCAGUUAGCAAUGUUUGAAGAAACAAAUACAGACAAGUACAACCAUUUCAUCCAGAAUGUUGAUUCUUGAUUAAAAUGCAGCUGCAGGGAAUUUUUCAGAAGUUCUUCCUGAUGUGUUGAUUAAAUUUGACCAUAGGCGACAAUAAUAAGCACUUAAAGACUGUUAUUAUUUUAAGGUGACUAUAUAUAUUUUUUCAUAUUUAGGUUUUAUAUACAUAUUUAUAUGUUUAUAUAUAUAUUUUUUUAUGACUGUUCUGCUUUUUUGUGUGUUUUGCUUCAUUUUAUCUUGUGUUACUGCCUUGUGAUGAAUCCGUUUUAAAACACAUUGUACUACUAGAAUUCAUUUGAUAUAAAAUGUUUUUAUUUUCGGGAAGUGCAGAAUCUUUAAGUUUAUUGCAACUGAACAAUUAAUGUUCUACGACACUGAACUGAAAGAAGAAAAUCAAAGUCAGUCUGAGUUUGUUAGAACUUCAUUGUGUAUAACUCUCAGUAAUUAAUAGUAGAAUAUUUAAAGGAUAUUAAUGUUCAUUUCUCAAUGCACAAACAGAAUGAUGCUACCUGAACAACAUGAACCUGCAAUAGUUCAAUGUAUUACUGUAUGUGAGAGUGUACCACUGUAGCUCCAACCUUUACUUAUACUGUCUCUUACUUUAAACCAAAACACCAAUGCAAUGGAUUUUUCUCUAUUACAUUUUUUAAUCUGAUGGUAGCGCCAUAUCCUCCUUCACUGCCAUCAGUAAAGGAGUGCGGACAGGUGGUCCAAAGUCCUGUGGUUUCAAGCAGCUGCAGUCAACCAGUUGAUCCACUGCUGCCAUAUGACUGAAUGUCUUGAUCCCAGCCACAGUUCUUUCAAUGAGUUUGCUUCCGGUCUUUGCUGUCCAUGUGGAAGUUGAAGGUGUCUCUCUCCACAUGCUUUUGGAGCCCUAAAGCUCUUUCCCCUGUGAUCAGCUUUAAUAGCAGGCUAGGUGAGAACAUUUUCCAGAGAAGCUGCUGUGAUCUUUGUUUCUCUUGUAGGAGAGCUUUGGCUGUUUCAAAGCCUCUCUCUCUCUCUCUCUCUCUCUCUCUCUCUCUCUCUCUCUGCACUCAAUUGUCAACAGCUUUGUACAAGGUCUCACUGACGCCCUCUGGUGUACCUUUCUAGAUAAUACAUGCAGUUGUAUUUCUCAGGGUGGAAGCCGGCUUGUAUUUUGUUGUCGAAUGAGAAUUUCAGAUAUUUCACUUUGCCUUUGUACAAUCGUUAGCAUUGAACCAUCACCAACAAUGUUUUAUUUUUGCUCUUGUGAGAGGUUUUAUUUUCCAUUCAUGUUGUGGAGUUUUACAUCUUCAUCCUUCUUGGCCUCUGCUUUCUACUGUAAUGUAUGUGAGUGAAUUAUUGAUUGACCAUUUGACCUGAACAGAAAUCACACUGAUGAUGAUGAUGAUGAUGAACAUGGGAUGGGCAUUAAAGUCAAACUUCUUCUCAUGGUAUGUCUCAAGCACAAAUUCUCUAAUUUUGCUGCUUUUGUGUUUUAAUUAAUAUUUGAAUGUCUUUGUUUACUGAAUUUGGAGCAGAUGAUGUCGGUAAAAACGCUGAGUUCAAAAACAAUGAGCUUCAAAGUCUUUUGUGUGUGAACAGCCACAUUUGCAUAUUACUUUUACUGUUUAAAAUAAAAAUUCUCAUUGUAAAAUAAAA